GCGGUUGUCGAGGCUGAGGCUGGGUGGGUGCUGACAGGAGGUGGGGAGAGCGCCGGCAGAUGGUGUGAAGAGGGGGUAAGGGAUUCAAGCAGCGCUCGCGGAGCGGGGAGGGAGGGUUAAAACUACCCUCCCUCAUUCACCGGCCGCAGGCAGCAGCCGCCGGACACCAGCGACCUCCGUGGCGUAGGCAGAGCGCCGGUUAGCCGCCUGGAUGCGGUGAGGACGAUGUCAGCCCUACUCUGCGCCGAUGCCCUGCUUCGAGGAAGACCGCUGUGGGCCCAGCGCCGACCCCUGGGUAACCGCACCUGAUUUUCGCUCCAGUCUCGCAGACCCGGGCUCCGUACCGGCCUUCAGCCUCCGCGGCCGUUCGCUUUUUGACCAGCGCGCCUCUUGCCCACCUCCUUCCUUUGGGUUGCCAAGUUCUCGGACCGUGACUGGGUAACGGGACGCCUUUGGGGGAGGGGGGGGGGAAGAUAAACGGAUCGUGGGAGAUCGACCGUCCGCCCAUGGCUUUCAUAAUGAAGAAGAAGAAAUUCAAGUUCCAGACCAGCUUCAGCUUGGAGGAGCUGGCCGCCGUCCCCUUCGUCAACGGUGUGCUUUUCUGUAAGAUCCGCCUCUUGGAUGGAGGGGAUUUCACCCAGCUUUCAUCCAGAGAGGAAGUUCAGGAGAAUUGUGUUCGUUGGAAGAAAAAAUUUAUUUUCAUCUGCAAGAUGAGUGCAAAUCCAGCAACUGGUGUACUGGAUCCUUGUAUUUGCAGAGUAUCUGUACGUAAGGAACUGAAAGGUGGAAAGGCGUUUUCUAAGCUUGGGUUCGCUGAUCUCAAUCUAGCGGAGUUUGCAGGGUCGGGCUCCACUGCACGCUGCUGUUUAUUAGAGGGUUAUGACACAAAGAAUAUGCGGCAGGACAACUCCAUCCUUAAGGUCACUAUAGGUAUGCAGCUGUUAUCAGGAGAUCCAUGCUUCAAAACGCCUGCAUGUACUGCUAAGUCCAUCUCAAUUCCAGGUCAAGAUAGCUCCUUGCAGCUGGACUGUAAAGGAGAUGGGACCACAGGUAAUAAUGUUGCCUCUGGGGGCUUGAAUUCAGUGAGGCAGCCAAAACCUCGGCCUCCACUCAGCUCAGGCCUGACUGAAGAUGCUGAUCAGACCCCACCCAGCCCAGACGAAGUGUUUCAAACUGGUCAUUCCCGGAAUUCCAGUUAUGCCAGUCAACAUUCUAAAGUGUCAGGUUACAGCACUGAGCACUCCCGGUCCUCUAGUCUCUCAGACCUAACUCACAGGCGGAAUACGUCCAGUAGUAGCAGUGCAUCUGGAGGGCUCAGCAUUACCAUUGAGAGCACAGAAGGAGAGAAGGAACAUAAAGUGGAGAAACCACCACGGCCUCCAAGGCCAGCACUCCCACCUGACAGGCCAUCCAGGUACACAGCUGUUCUGUUUAAAAGAGGUAGUUCCCUAUCUCUGGAUAGUGCACAUCCUGAUAGCAGGACCCAUAGAAGGCGGAAAAAGGAAACUGUGGAAAAUCAGCCCACUUGGGUUGAUGACACCAGAAUCGAUGCAGAUGACAUUGUAGAAAAGAUAGUACAGAGUCAAGACUUCACAGAUGUCAGUAAUGCUGAAGACAGUAAUCUAAGGUUGUUUGUGAGCAGAGAUGGAACAACAGCACUCAGUGGCAUUCAGCUGGGAAACAGGGUGUCAGCAGGUGUCUUUGAGCCUGUUGUUAUUGAGAGCCGUUGAGAAGUUUCUGGGUCGCUCUGAAUCUACUAACCACUUUCCAUUCAAGCUCCUUGUCUACUGCACAUCUAAUCUUAUCGCCAGGUUAUGCUGCCCACCCAUACAGCUGGACUGGAGGAGGAGGGUGGCUGUUUCUAUCCAAUAUCCCUAAGUAUUGGCAGAUGUUGAUUCACACUGCAUUGGAGUGAUAGGCAAUUGGUUUUAUGUUGCAAAAUCUACUAAACCAAUGCUGGGAUUGAAUUUUAGGUAAAACAUUUUUUGACAUUGAAAACUUAUUUCAGAAAUCCUUUUAAACACAAUAUUUAAAUACCAAAGCCAUUUGGCUGUGAUCAUUUGAAAAGGGGGUAGCUUUUUUAUAAAACGCUGUGGCAUAAAUUCAUGACAAACCAGAGCAUGUAUAAAAGAUCUCUCUCCCAAGAAGUUUGCAGACCAAGGUUAUGAGCAGCAUGUUAGUCCAUGAAUCUUUCUUUGACUGUGAUGUUAAGAAAAAAUUACUUCUCAAUGCCCUUAAAGAUUUUAAUUGUGUUUACCCCAAACAUCAGUGUGUAGCAGAAUUUCUAGUUAGGUUUAUGUGGACAAAUUUGAUUGUGAUUCUGAUCACAAGAAAAGCACACAAGUUUUCCUUUAAUUUUAAAAAUUCCACUACCGUGAUUUUUCACAUCAGAAUCAGCUGUCAGGAAAAGGUGGAGCUAUGCUUAAUUAUAAGCAUAAUGAUCCAAUUCCAUUUAAAACUCUGAUCAUUCCAAUUUCAAAUUGAUGAGUCAACCAUGACGCCACUAAAGUAUGCUUAAAAUACUAUGAAGUCUUUGCACUGAGUAUUUGAGUAACCUUUGGGUGUUGGAUUUCUCCUGAAAUCAAGUUAUAGGAUGUUAUUUUGUUUUGUUUAGUAGUGACUUUAUUCAUGUCUUCUGAUGCUUCCUAUGCUAGUCAGGGACUCAGCAACUUUGUGCAGAUAAUUUUUCUUUUAAUAAUGUAUGUUAAAGGGCAUAUUUCUUUUUAGGCAGGGAGCCAGUUCAUUCAUCUUCACUUUUGUUUUAAAUCUUUACUGAAGAGGAGAAAAAUCAAAUGUAUUUUAACCUGUACUUUAUGAACACUUACUUAAAGGACAAUGGCUGCUUUUAAAUAUUUAAGGAAAGAAAUACAUUUAAGUAGCACCUAAUGCAAUUACAAUAACCUAGUCAAAAAUUAUUCAGAGGUAAGAGUAUAUUCGGCAGUAACAAGUGACGGAUUACUGAACCAGAUAUUUGAACCCUAAUAUUACCUUUUGAAUUGCACCCAUAUGUCUAUAAAACCAAUGGGAAGUCCUCUCUUUGCAGAAGAUAUUUUCUUAAAACUGCAUUAUAUUUUGAACAUUGACUGCUGUUCUAAAAUUGGGAUUAUCCUGAAAGUCCAUUGGUAAGUGUCCUUUAUUACAGGCUUUUUGUUUGCUUAAAAUGGUUUCUUUCCAAAUCAAAUUCAUUUUCCAGAAUUGAUUCUGGACCAGUAGGAUAAAAUUAAAUACACCGUUGAUCUGAGACCAAGUUAAAGAAAUGUCACAGAAUUCUGAUGCAUAGCAUUAAUAACUAUUUUGCCAACAACAUGGCUACUGGAACACUUCAUUCUUGCCAAUGCAAAGAUCUAGUGAUGAAAAUUCUAUGUUCCAGUACUGCAAUACAUUCCCGUUAUCUACUGCUUAACUCUGGCAGACUGUGAGUGAGUAUUCUAAUUGUCCAGGUCUUGGACUUCGCAGUUCUGAGCCAGUUUGCUGCCAUCAGCAUUGUUGCCUCUGAUGGAACAAAUGACUCCAAUCACUUAUGUCUAGAAGCUUCAGCUCUUUUGUGAUGUCAUUUUCUGCUCCUGAAUAUCUUGGCAUUGGUUAGCUAUGCACUUUGAGGAUUUGAACAUUUUCUGCACCAUUCACGUCGUCUCGCUAUUGCAUGUCACCUGUGAAUAUUGUGGCUUGAUUGACGUACUGUGAAUGGUUCACGUACAUGAUUUGUAUCUGUGGUAUAUUGAGGCCUAGAACACAAGGCUGCAAUGAAUAAAAUGUCCUGAUUUUUUUUGUACUGUUUUAAUAACUGUUCUGUAAUAACUAGUAUAAGAAAACACUUUAGCUUGUUAUCUUUGAAUGCAUAGUAAAAAUUAACAUUUUACCUGCUGAGGCAUAUUUAAGUAACGUGGGCAGCAGGUUCACAGAUGAUUAAACAUACUUUCUAAGUCUGCAUAUUUGUUUAAAUAAUCUCUUUGGAACAAUUGUUUAGCCACAGUAAAGGUUCUCUAAACAGUUAAAGAAUGCCCAUUUGACCAGCAUGCAUAUGUAAUAAAGGUAGAAAAAAUGGUGAUGUUUGAACAUAGUGUUGCUGCUGGAACUCCUAGGGCAACCCAGUCACCAUGUCGUGUUCCACCACAACAAAAUUGGCUUCUAGAUUUUCACAUUCCAGGAUGAGGUUAAGCAUGCUUGUAUGCAGAGUGAAGCUUUGAAGAGUACUAGUAUUUUUUUUCCAUUUUCCCACUACUGAGAUAGAGAAUUGCUGUCACAUUAGAGCAUGUUUGUAUUGUGCACAUUUAAACCAGGAAUCUUCUGGUAAUUACCCAAAUUUGUUGACCACAAGACCCUUACAGACAAAAAAUUGAGCUGAAUUCAAACUUGAGGCAUUUGGGUGAAAGUAGGGUCAACCAUCCAAAGCUUAAGAGUUUUAGAAACCCACUUCCAUGAUACAAAAUGAUUAGAGAAAAAGUUAUUAUAAAUGGCUUCUGAUGUAUAUGUGCAUCCAUUUAUACAACUUGAGGCUUUAAUGGCUGCGUUUAGUUCAAGGUUGUAGGCUACUUAAUAGAAAAAAGAACAAGUUUGACAUAAGGACAUCUUUAAUCUGUUAAUUGGAUUGAAUUGCAUAUUCACACCUAUUUUGCACUUUGGUACAAUUGGUUCUUGAGCUGACCCCAACCUCCUCCACACCCCCUCCCAUUGUCCCCACCCUUCCCCUCCAAUAUUUCCAAUUUACGUUUUACUGGGAGGACACUUUCAACAUGCAUAAUUAAUGGUUUUGGGCUAAUCCUCUGCAGCAGGUGUCUGUCUGAAACUCUUGAGUAAGGUUAAAAUACAUUGAAGGCAGGUGUUUGUGUAAUCCCCCUUUCUAAGUAACAACGUUGUUGCAUGCCACACACAAUAUAGAACAAUAGCUGCCAAAGGUGUUUAAUCUUAGCAUAAAAGUGUGUUUUACAAAUACACUCUGUACAAAUUAUUUUUUUGUUUAAUUUUUUGGGGGAUCUGGAUGAUGCAGGCAAGUCCAUCAUUUAUUUCCCAUUCUUUAUUGCUCUUCAGAAGAUGUGGGUGAUCUGUUGCCUUUAACAACCACUGCUGGUGAAGGUAUUCCCACACAACUGAGAGGGAAGGAAUUCCAGGAGUGAGACCAGGUGACAGUGAUGGGACAGUGAUGUUUUCCCUAAUCAAGAAGGUGUGACCUGGAGGGUAACAUGCAACUUGUGGUGCUCCCAUGCACUUGCUGCCCUUGUUUUUCUUGAUGGUAGAGUUUGUAGGUUUGGGAAGUGCUUUUGGAGUGGCCAAGGCAAAUAACUGCAAUGCACUUUGUAGAUUGGUACACAUUGCAGCCACUGUUCGCAGGUAGAAAAGGGAAUGAAUGUUAAGGAUAGAGGAUAAGGUACCAAUCAAGUGGACUACUUUGUCCUGGAUGGUGUUGAGCUUCUUGCAAAUUGUUGGAGCUGUUUCAUCUAUGUAAAUAGAGAAUAUUCCAUCCAUGUGCCUUGUAGAUGGUGAAAAGGCUUUAGGGAAUCAGAAAAUCGCUCACAGCAGGAUAUCCAGCAUCUGACCAACUCUUGCGGUCCCAGUAUUUGUGUAGCUGGGCCAGUUGCUUUUCUGGUCAUUGGUGACUUGCAGGAUGUUGAUGGUAGGGGACUCAGUGAAGAUAAUGCCAUUGCAUGUCAAAGAGAAAUUAUUAGACUCUUGUUGCAGGUCACUGCUUGGCACUUUUGAGAUGUGACUGUUACUUGCCACUUCUCAGUCCAUGCCUGAAUGUUGUCUGGGUUUUGCUGUAUGGAGGCAUUGAUUGUUUCAUUUGCUGAGGAGUGUGCAGUCAUCAGCAAACAUCUUCACUUCUGACCUUGCAAUGGAAGGAAGAUCAUUGAAGCAGCUGAAGAUAGUUGGGUCAAGACAUGGUUCUGUGGAGCUCCUGUGCUGGUGUCCUGGACUUCAAUGACCACAACCAUCUUCCUUCUUGCAAGGUACAACUACAGUCAUUGGAGUUUUCCCCUUGGUGCCAUUCACUUCAGUUUUACCAGUGCUCCUUGAUGUCACACUUGGUGAAACGCUGCCUUAAUGUCAGUGCAGUCACCCUCACUUCUGGAAUUCAGCUGUUUAGUUCAUGUUGGGGCUAUGUUGAGAUUUCGAGCCAAAUAGUCCUGGUGGAACCCAACCUGGGCAAUGGUGUGGAUGUUAAUGGUCAGUAAAUGCCGCUAGAUGGCAUCAUCACCAACACCUUCCUUCACUAUGCUCUUGAUUGAGAGUAGACCGAUUGAAUGAUAAUUAGCCUGAUUGGAGUUGUCCUUUUAUUUUGUGAACAGGAUGUACCCAGACAAUUUUGUCAGGUAAAUGCCUGUAUUGUGACUGUUCUGAAACAGCUAGGCUUGAAGCACAGCUGGUUCUGAAGUGCUUGUUCAAUAAAUGCUAUAGAUUUGAUACCCAAUAUUUUCUAGUUAAUUCUCCAUACUGAAUUGCUGCACAAAUUGACAAUGAUAGUGGAAAAAAAAAUUAAUUUUACGUAGUCAAAGAAAAAAUUGUUAAAUACUUCAUUACUGGUAGUUAUUUGUUCUAAGUUUUUCUAAUAACAAGUGGUCACCAGCAUCAGUAUUUGAUACAGUCAAGAAAAUGGCCAGCAAUUUCAAGACCCCCAUUAUUUCAGGAAUUGACUUAUAUACCAUUAAGUUUUUGCUUUGUGUCAUAUGUCUAGAUAUAGAUCUAAAGCAGAUUUCUUUUUUUUAAUGUCUUUGAAUUUUGAAUCAGGAUCCUACAGUACACACAAACAGCAAUGUGUUAUUAUAUCUUGCAAGUAUUUCCAUAGAAAAUCUGUUGUGUAACUCCUUGUGCAUCAAAGUAAUCGCACAUAUGUAAGUGUGUGUGCUUAUCUGAUGUACAUCCCUUUCCCUUUUGAUUCUUUUAUCAAAAGAAGUUCAUGAACUUUUCAGGUGGUGUUGAAACAAAUGUUUUCAGCGACAACAAAACUGACAUCAAGGUUUCAAAUUAGCAACCCUUUUAUUAUGUUUUAAUAACAUUGAUUAUUGGAGAUUAGGGUAUUCUUUUUAAUCAAAGUUUAAAGUAAAUUAUUUUCUAAUGAAACAUUUGAAUGAAAGCCACAAUGAAAAUUGUGGCUUGACGUUGCCAUUAAAAUACUCAAUUAUAUUCAACCAAAGCAAAGAAUUGCUAACUAAUGUAGUACAGCAGCCUUUUAAUUCUUUAUCUUAGAACCCCUCCAAGUCUUUUCAUUCCAGUUUAGUUUUUUGUGGUGUUCCUUUGUUGAGAAGUUGGUGGGUGAUAUUUACCAGCUCUCUUCCCUUACCUUCUGAUGCCACAGCAGCAUUAAAGUACCAAACCACCUCCAAGAUCCUUGUGUAAGUGAUCAGACAAGCCAGGGAUCACGGAAGGCAAACCUAAAAAGCAGUCUCCACAAUGGAAGUUGCAUUUGCUUAAAAUCACACAAAAACAGUAACUUUAAAGGGAAGGCAUGAUAUUUUGGUUAAAACAAAAUAUAACACUGGGGUUCCUUGUUAAUGAAGAGAAUGCAUUGCACCAACAAAUGUGAGUUCCCAAAAGACCACUAUUGACUCGAAGAAACUUUGCUUUUGUUGGAUAUGGUAUAUGAGUUUGCUUUAUUCAGUCCAUGAUUAAGAUACUAUAUUAGCUAUUAAUCCAUUUUAGAGCUCAGGUGUACUGCUUUUUCCAACUUCUUUUGCCAAUCAAACAUUUACUUUUAAAGUAACUGUUUAGUGAUUGUUUUUACUUGUGAAACUGUCCAAUUUUUGACCACUGUUGUAGGAACUCUUUGUUUGUAUCACAGUACUUGCAACCAGCAGGCUGGUUGUGUUCUGUUUUUUUUUGCCAUGAGUUGUUUGCCUAAAAUCAAGGGCAUCUCCCUGUGUGACAUUUUAAGUGUUUAGAACAUUGCAUUUAAGUGUUGAUAUAUGUUUCUGAUUUUCUUUUCUAAAAGGCAGCAUUUUUUUUGGUAUUACAAUGAAUGAGAAUUUAUACUGGAUUGUUGUAACCUCCUCUGACUAAAGAUAUUUGGAUAAUGGAGUGCCAUCUAGCCACACUGAUGAAGGUAGUCUCUGCCCAGUUACGAUAAUGAUGAAUAGUUGAGGCAUUGUAGUUGCCCUAUUUAAUUCCCAUGGUAAAUCCAAAGCAGUUAACACAAUAUUGAUAAAUGUAACAAAGGUUUUCUACAUCACUUUAAGAUAUUGCAGCACAACUGAAAGCGAUUGAUUAAGAUAAGGGUUGGCUGCAAUUAGUUGCACUAGUUAUACAAUGCUUUCUAUGGAUGGAUGUUAUACAUUAUUUGGACUGGGAAGGGAUUGGUAGAUGACACAGUGAUAAAUCAAAGUCAAACUUAAAGCCAUUAAACCCUUUUGAUCCUGUUAUUUUCUAGUACCUCCACUUGUUUCUUCCCUCUUUUGAAGAGGGGUUGAUGCCUCUUCAACAGAGAGCAUGGUUGUGAUGCAUAUCCAUUCCACAUAGCAUUGUCUGUAUAGGUCUUCUAUCGUGCACACCAGAAUUUCAUACUUGAAUGGUUUACAGAUGAGUAAAAGAUGAGAACAAGACCUGAACAGAUGCUUCAUACUAUUUUGAUAGUCAUUUGUUUCAAACUAAUUUAUGCAACUUGAGUUAGUGGUUUGUGUGAGGGAGAUGUUUUGAGUUGAGAUUCUGUGUUUCAUUAAGAAAUAAAAGGAACUAGAAGUAGAUUUUAAAAAAUCAGUUGAAAAGAGACCAGAGUUAAAUUUAACAAAAAUGCAUACAAUUUCCUAUGCAGUUUUUGUAAAAAAAAGUACACAGCUAAAUCCAUUCUAGCAGAAUAGUUGAUUAAGAACUUGCAAGCUAAUUGUUAUAAAAUGGCUCGGUGCUUUCAAAAUGAGAAAGAAGUAAGGGAAGAAUUGAAAUCCACUGUAUGCUUCAUGGACCACUGCUGAUCUGUGUUCUGGAGGCUUGUUAGUUAUUUAAAAGUAUAGAGCAGGUUUACUGAUUACUUCGCAAACUCUGCAGUGGAUGUUUUAUUUCAAAGCUGGUUAUUAAGUGUACUGCUUUAUAUUGGCUAUUCAAUUACUUCUCUGAAUUUUGCUUGUUCCUCAAUUUUCUUCAGGUUUGUGGUAUUUCUAUAUUACAUAUGAGAGAAAUGGGGUACUUCAUGGAUUCUAAAACUAGCAAGCAACCUUAAAAUUAGACUAUUUUCAAAAUUAUUGUUUUAGGCUCCAUUUUUAUUUACUCAUUAAAUGCCAACACAUAAACCCUAAUGGAUUGCUGAAAGGGACAAUGAUGACCUGUCUGGGUAGAACAUUAAAUAAAUUGAAAUAAAUUUCUCUUAUCAACUCCUUUUAAGCAGCUCUUUUUGGGGCAAAUGAUUUGUGGUUAUCUGGCACUCCAUUUGUCAUAAGUGAUACUGUAUAUUUCUGAAUGGGAUUUGAAGCUAUGCAUUGAGAGUCCAGGCCCUUCAGUAGAUGGAUUUAACAUUUUCUGAAAUGACCUAACUCUCAACUAAAGUUGAAUGAUGAAAAAAGAUUUUUAUGAUUUUGUUAAAAAAAAAGGUGUAACAGAAUGUAUUCCAAAUGAUAUAUUUAGACACUUAUUUUUGUGAUUCAAUGGAGGUGGGUGUACAGGUUUCUUAAAUGCCCAGAGGAUGCGGAAUUUAUAGAAAUGUUUAUCAGCUGGAAUAUUGUAUAACAUUUAGAUAUGUUUAGAAUGCACAAUGUACUGUAAUUGGUUAAAAGAUAUUUGUAUUAAGGUUAUUUGUUUCAUAUUUUAAAGUGUAAGUAUAGGACAGUAUCAUGUAAUACUGUGUUUUCUGGGAAAUGGUAUUGGGUACCUGUAUUAACAAUAAAAGCUGUUAUUUUGUGUUUA